AGCAACGUCACGAUAUUUUUCAAAGCACUGUAUUCCCUGAAAGAAAUGCACAAUGAAGCAAAGUUUGUGACUGCAACAGUGCGGGGCAAAGGGGAUAAAGAGCAGUGAGUCGAUUUCCGGCUGUUCGGACAAGGUUUGGCGUUCUGAAUCAAACGUGGCAGCCGAACUUCUCCACCGUUAUAUCUGGGGCAUGUGUGGACUAAUAACUCGUGGCAGGAUUUAGCAAGAGCAGAGGAAAGUACAACUUUAUUUUUAAAUAAAAAGGAAGCUCGGAACGUUGCUUGCAAAUAAAACCGCAUAACCCAGGCGAAGGAAUGCGAGUGUGAGCAGAAACUGAGAAGAAUUGCAACGGGCGGACGGAGUAGGAUUUUUUUUAAAAGGGCGACGGAGAUUUGGAAAAGCGGAUUCUAGGGAGCGAGCGGAGUGAGCCCCGAGGGGGUUACAGAUCCAAAGGAAGGACUGCAGGAGGCGGCGAGGAGUUGCAGCAGAGUUUUGCUCGGUGCCGUUCCCGGGAUAAUGUGCCAGUGCUGUCGCGCGCCCGGUGCUGGGGCGCGGCCAGGCCGCCGUUGCCAGGCAGCCUGAGCCGGGGUCGCCGUUGCCAGGCAGCCUGAGCCGGGGUCGCCGUUGCCAGGCAGCCUGAGCCGGGCCGGGGCCGCCAUGGACCGGUCGGGAGUUGUGCAGGCGACACUGGAGCCCGAACAUGAGUGUCGGGCAGCGGUGCAAGGUACUGUGUUAGUUGGAGAAUCAAAUGAAAGCCGUAUUAUAGGACUGGUGGAAUGCAGCAAUGAAUUUGCAAUUUUUAUGUACACUCACAGAAGAAUGGCAAUCAUUGCUGACGAUGUUUCAUUGGAAAAAAUAGUCCCCAUAUCAGAAGACUUUAUUAUCGAAGAAGUGAUUCAGAACAUGCAUACUAUUGGUUCUGACACGACUGUCAAAAUAACAUCAAAUGAUGUUGAUCAAGUGCUUGAGCUGCCAUUUGGUUCACAGAGUAGGAUUUUCCUACAGGAAUUACACAAGGCAUGUGGAGAAGUACACAAACAAGCUGCCCCUGGAGGAUUCUCACUUCAAUUUCAGUGGCUGGCAAAGUACCAACAAAAGAAAAAUUUACAGCUGCACAGAUGCCAGGGGGAAGAAUAUCCAAAUGAUACCGCAUCCUCACUCUCUUGCGCAGAAGAGGAAAUGGCCAGCAAAAUAGGCGGUGAUUCUGAUCUUCUGGCUUCACAACUUGAUGAUCAAGAGCAGGUCUGCCAGAAAGAAAGUGAUGAUGAUGUUGAAUCUACCCCAGAAAAACAGCCCACUGACCUAGAAGAAUUUUCUGAGGCCUCCACCAGUACCGUUACUCAACCUCCUGCCAUGGGUCCGGAAAUGACCAAUGACGUUGUCCGCGACGUUGUCCGCGACAAGAAUGUGAUGGUUACGAACACGGGGCAUAUCCUUGGCAUACCGCAGUUUGGUCUGAGGGACAACAUAAUCAAAGUUGAGUUGCUGAAACAAGAAGGAAAAUACACCUACAUACAUAAUUACAGAAUAUUUGCAGGAACAUACAACGUGAACGGCAAGUCCCCACUGCAGGACCUGAAGCCUUGGUUGAGUUAUGAUAUUGAACCACCUGACAUCUACUGUAUUGGUUUUCAAGAAAUUGACCUGAGCAAAGAAGCAUUCCUUUUCAACGACUCACCGAAACAAGAGGAGUGGUUCCGAGCUGUGUCUGUGAGUCUUCAUCCUACAACCAAAUAUGCAAAGAUCAAGCUUGUCCGUCUGGUUGGAAUGAUGCUCAUAUUGUAUGUGCGACAAGAACUUGCAGAAUACGUCACAGAAGUAGAAGUCGAAACAGUAGGAACUGGCAUCAUGGGAAGAAUGGGUAACAAGGGUGGAGUGAGUAUAAGAUUUAUGUUUCAUAGUACCUCCAUGUGUAUCGUGAGCUCUCACCUGGCAGCACACACCGAGGAGUGUGAAAGACGGAACCAGGACUACAAAGAGAUCUGCACUCGAAUGCGCUUCCUCCAAACCAACCUGCCAUUAUCAUCCCUCACAAUCAUGAAGCACGACAUUGUACUAUGGGUUGGAGAUCUGAACUACAGGAUAUGUCACCCUGAGGCAGAAACAAUUAAGAAGUUAAUUGCAGCGAAGGAUUACCAAAACCUCAUCAAGUAUGAUCAGCUAAGCAAGCACAAGAAGAGUAUGAUGAUAUUCCGUGGAUUCGAAGAAGGAGCGCUCAACUUUCAACCUACCUACAAAUAUGACAUUGGCACAGAUAACUGGGACACAAGUGAGAAGUGCCGAGUCCCUGCGUGGUGUGAUCGAAUCCUUUGGAAGGGCAAUCACGUCAAACAGUUGGAUUAUCGCAGUCACAUGGCUUUGAGAAUGAGCGACCAUAAACCUGUCAGCGCGUUGUUUCAAGUUGGGAUAAAGGUGAUCAAUCAAGAUUUGUACAAGAAGACCUAUGAAAAUAUUGUUCGUACAUUAGAUAGAAUGGAGAAUGAUUCUAUUCCUUCAGUGUCACUGUCCAAGACCGAGUUUAAUUUUGAGAAUGUAAAGUUCAUGCAGCUCCAUGUUCAAACGCUUAUCAUUGCCAACACUGGGCUUGUGCCCUGUCAGUUUGAAUUCAUCACCAAACUGAACGAGCCUUCUUACUGCAAGCCAUGGUUUAGUGCCACACCUAACAAGGGGAUUUUAAUUGAAGGAAAUAGGAUAGAAAUCGAGUUGGAAGUGUAUGUGAAUAAAACCACUGCUCUUUCAUUAAAUAUGGGAACGGACCAGAUUGAAGAUAUUUUAGUCUUGCAUCUAAUACGUGGAAAAGAUUAUUUUCUGGCGAUUUCGGGGAAUUACCUCCCAAGUUGCUUUGGAUCUUCACUGCACACGCUUUGCUGCCUGAGGGAACCAAUGCGCGACGUCCCACCCAAAAGGAUACAAGAGUUGGAACGAAAGGCCAAGGAAAACAAAUAUGGUGACUGCUUGUCAAAUGAAGUGCAACUUGACAUUCCAAAAGAAAUCUGGACAAUGGUCAACUACCUACAUCGCAAUGCUGCACUCCAGGGCGAUCUUUUCCAACAACCAGGACUGAAGUCGGAAUUUGAGGAGAUCAGAGACUGUUUGGAUACUGGAAUACCAGAUUUUAUCCCUGGCAGUAACCAUUCUAUAUGCGAAGCAUUGUUGCUCUUUCUGGAUGCUCUUCCUGAGCCGGUCAUCAAGUAUAACCUAUACAUCAAAUGUCUCGAAAGUGCCAACAGCCUGACCCAGAUUGAACAGGUUGUUCUCAUGCUACCUCAAUGCCAUAGGAAUGUGUUCAAUUGUUUAAUGGCUUUCCUUCGAGAACUUCUGAAGCAUGUGAGUUCCAACAACCUUGAUGUCUGUACACUUGCGAGCAUCUUCGGAGCAUUAUUGCUGAGACCACCUCCCACUCUAGUGGGUCAAUAUGAGCCAUUCGUUAAUAAGAAGGCAGCACAGCUAUUCAUUUCACAAUUACUUACUCUGCAGGAUGGUUAACUAAAGUACCUUAACCCGCCAACAUAGUUUAUUUUAUAGAGUUCAAUAAAAUUGUACAAUUUCCAGACAAGAGUAUUUUUUUAUGAAGUUCAGGUAAUGUAGAGCAGUGCAAAUAUUUUGAUAUUUAGAACGUAAAUUCAGAUUUUUGUAUUGUACCUUACUGUUGGUGUUCAGAGCAGGAGAGAUUUUCCCCACCUCCAUUUUGUCAAAGUGCAGUGGAAUGUUAUUAAUGUCACAUCUUGUCAUGCAUUAAGUGCAGGGCACUGAUGGUUCUGUAUGCAAACAGUUGCUUCCUGUUGACAAGUGAAAUCAGAGAUUACUCCAUGCUCACUUUAACCGGGCAAAAAAUGUUUUCAAUUUUUCAUCAAAGUGGCUUUUGAAACUGUAUUUUGCACAAUAGCUCUGAGUUUAAGCACAGACUGGAUAGACCAAAUAAAUGGAAGUGUCCUGCAUCAUAAAUUUUCACACAUUUUGUGAAAUGGAAAGAUUGUAAAGGGCCACAAUAAAUGUUAACUUGUCAAAAAUUUGCCUGCAAUUAAUCUAAUCCCAAAACAUUGGAAAAAACAGAAGCAAAUUUGAGUAUUAUUGGAAUUGGAAUAUUACGGGAGUGUGGAGACAGGCAAAUCAAGUUAAUUCAGCAAUUAUAGUUGCUAUCUUUUGGAGUUGAUGUAAUGAUAGUGAACUAUACCUGUCAUUAUAUUAGAGCUUUAUCGUGGUAGCAAAAACUGAUUUGUGUACAAAUCAUUUGCUCUUUUAAGCCAAGCGAAUAAAAAAUAAUCAUCACAAGAAUUAUGGAUAGGUGUGAUCACCAGAUAUUAUUUGAAAUGUUUUGAACCAAUAAUAACAAUUAUGAACUUGAUAAAAUCUUUACUUAUCGUAGUUUGAUCAGAUAAUGUUCACUGUGAAACAUUUUGCCAGAGCAGGAUUUUGGCAUACAUUUUUAAACCUUUAGACCUUUCAUUUUGGAUAAAUUAGCAAUGAAUUAAUACCAAAUUAUGUUGAACAUUUUUUAUAAUACUUUAAUUGCUGUUUCAGGUAAAAUACGUUUCAAUACCCAAUAUUAAAUCUUCUCGGAUGA